UUCCUUCCACCCAGCUCUGCUGUGCCCUUCUCAGGCCUCUUCCCGCCACCGAGAUGCUGCUGCUGGACUUCUUCCUCUGCUCGCUCUUCUUCUUCGCAGUGAACGUGCACGCGGUGCCGCGCUCACCCAGUCGGACUGCACGCGCUCCCGAGCUGAAAGUGCGUCUAGCGGGAGUCGGGCGUCGGGAGAAUGAAGGUCGCGUGGAGGUGCUGCAUAACAGCACGUGGGGCACCGUGUGCGAUGACGAAGUAGACAUCAAACUCGCCAACGUGGUGUGCCGCGAGCUGGGUUUCCAGAGCGGCGUCACGUGGGCGCACAGCGCCAAAUACGGAGAAGGAGACGGGCCCAUCUGGAUGGACAACGUCCGCUGCGACGGCACGGAGAAGUCGGUGAAGGACUGCCGGCAUAACGGCUGGGGCAUCAAUGACUGCAAGCACACCGAGGAUCUGGGCGUGGUCUGCACCCCGGAGCGCCGGCUCGACCAAUCGCACGCUGGGGCAGGGCAGGGGCGGGGUCACUCCAUCGCCCUGAGGCCCAACAUCAGAGCGGCGCAGCAGUGGCAGGACAUCUACUCCAAUCAGAGGUCUCCUGCGUAUCUAGGCAAUGGCCACGCCCCCGACACGCAACAGAGAGGCCACUUUACCCGCCCACAGCCCACCGGCCAGUCGUCCAGUAAGGUGCGGAUUGAGGAGGUGCGCCUGCGUCCCGUGCUGAUGUCCACUAAGCGGCGGACUCUGGUGACGGAGGGCGUGGUGGAAGUGAAGCAUGCUGGGAGAUGGCGGCAGGUGUGCGAUAAGGGGUGGACCCUAAACAGCAGCAGAGUGGUGUGUGGGAUGCUGGGAUUCCCCGACGUAGAGCAGCCCAGCUACAGCACAUACAAGAAGAUCUGGGAUCGUAAAGUAAAGGAUCCGUCCACCAGGCUGAGCAUGAUGGCCAAGAAGAAGGGCUUCUGGGUGGAGAAGAUCAGCUGCGUGGGAACGGAGCCGAGCCUGGCCGAGUGCCGCACCAAGCUGUCCAUCCCCCGUAGCUCCUCCCCCUGCCAGAGCGGACGCUACGCGGUGGCGCGCUGUGUCCCUGGAGCUCAGUUCGCACGCAUGUCGUCAGGACGACCACAGGCACCACAGCCCCGACAGACGGCGGUGCGUCUGAAGGCCGGUGCCCGGCUGGGCGAGGGGCGUGUGGAGGUGCUGCGCGAGGGCAAGUGGGGCACGGUGGUGGACCACCUGUGGGACCGCAUCACCGCCAGCGUGGUGUGCAGGGAGAUGGGCUACGGCACCGCCAAGGAGGCGCUCACUGGAGCCUACAUGGGCCAGGGUACUGGUCCGAUCCAUAUGAACUCUGUGCAGUGCCAUGGCUCUGAGCGCUCCAUCCUGGACUGCCUCUUCCAGGAAGUGCCCCUCUGGACUUUCAAACACACACAGGAUGCUUCGGUGCGCUGCAACGUACCUCAGACCGGCCUGGAGACCACAGUGCGUCUGGCGGGAGGCCGUGAGCCAGGUGAGGGGCGUGUGGAGGUGCUGAUGGAGGCGGGGGGGCGUAAGCGCUGGGGCGCCGUCUGCAGUGAGAACUGGGGCAUCAACGAGGCCAUGGUGGUGUGUCGCCAACUGGGAUUCGGCUUUGCAGCGCGCGCCUACGAGGACACGUACUACUGGUCUGGGGACCCUGCAGCUAGUGAGGUUCUCCUGAGUGGAACCCACUGUGUCGGAACCGAGCUCUCCAUCCAGCACUGCAGGAGGAACCAGCACACACACUGCCCUCGCGGAGGAGGAACUAGAUCUGCCGGCGUCACCUGCACUGAGACGGCCCCAGACCUGGUGGUGGACGCCCAGCUGGUGCAGGAGUCGGCGUACCUGGAGGACCGUCCGCUGCACCUGCUGACGUGUGCCCAGGAGGAGGGCUGCCUGUCGUCGUCGGCGGCGCGCAUGCACUGGCCCUACGGCCACCGCCGCCUCCUCCGCUUCUCCUCCCGCAUCAUGAACCUGGGCCGCGCCGACUUCAGACCACGCGCCACACGCGAGUCCUGGACCUGGCACCAGUGCCACCGACACUACCACAGCAUUGAGGUGUUCACACACUACGACCUGCUGACGCUAAACGGCACUCGGGUAGCUGAGGGCCACAAAGCCAGUUUCUGUCUAGAGGACACUUUCUGCCCAGAGGGUCUUCGUAAGCGCUUCACCUGCUACAACAUGGGGGAUCAGGGCAUCUCCGUCGGUUGCUGGGAUACGUAUCGUCAUGACAUCGACUGUCAGUGGGUGGACAUCACAGACAUUCCGCCCGGUGAUUACGUUUUCCAGGUGGAGGUUAACCCUUCGUUGGACAUGGCGGAGUCGGACUUCAUGAAUAACGUCUUGCGCUGUCGCUGUCGAUAUGAUGGCCAAAGAGUCUACAUGUACGGCUGCCAUGCAGGUGAUGCCUACAGUGCUGAUAUUGAAGAUCUGUUUGAACAUCAGCGUCAGAUCACCAACAACUUCAUCUAGAGCCUCCCUCUACACAGCUGUGUGUGUGUGUGUGUGUGUGUGUACAAAUGUGUGUGUGUGCGAGUGUGUUUGUGCGAGUGUGUGUGUGUGUGUGUGUGUUUGGGAGUGUAUGUAUGUAUGUGUGUGUGCUUCACGCAACACACUAUUUAAAAGGACGGCAGGGUUACGUCUGUGCUCUGAUGUCAUCAGCGUGCGACGCCCCUAAACCUUGACUCAUCUGGGCUCCUGGGCUGCAUUAGGAGUUUCUGGCCUGUCUCCUUGACCUGUCCACUUGCCCUCUGGAGGUCAAAAGGUCGAGGACAUGAGGGCAAGUUUGUAAGGACUUAAGAAAAGACAACCACAGUGUUACGAGGGUCCAGCUCUACUUAUGCUGAUGGGAAAGCAGGUCUAAUUGACAUGUGUCACGUUGAUUGAUGGUUGUUACCCGGGGCAACGUAUUGUGGGACUUCGCUAUCGCCUCUCCUUUAUUAUGGGAUGCUUCUGUGUGCUAACAGAGAUUUGAAAGGAAGCAGUAAAGCAUCGUUCCUAAGCGUGUAGGGCAGCGGUUCCCAAACUUUUCCCCCCACGUACCACCUUCUACGUCCUGACUCGGCUUGCGUACCCCUGCCAUCUAACACAUUCAAAAGUACACAUUCUAUUGACGCCUUCCAGGCAUCAUGUUUAAUAAACCACCUCUUUUUUUACAUGAAAACGUAGCCUACUAUAGAGUUUACAAAUUAUUUUCUUCAAUGUCAUGUUUCCAUAUCGUUAUAACCGAUUUUAAAAUGAUUUAUUUAUUCAUGAGUUAAUUACAGAAAAUGUUAAAAGUUUAUUUUUAACACCUUUCCGCCACAGCCCUUUUCAUCUGGCGUACCCCCUAGAAGCAGCUCGCACCUGUACCACCGGUGGUACGUGUACCAUAGUUUGGGAAUCGCUGGUGUAGAGAAUCCUGGCAGCUCUUACAGGCCUUCCUAAAUACAGUAUAUCCAGGUCAUCUCAUUCCAAGAGGAAUCUUCCUCAGCAGAGAAGACUUUCUGAAUGCAGCCCUGGUCUCCAUUGGCAACAAACCAUAUUGUUUUCCCAUCGUCAGUUACCAGGCAUGGAGUAUUAUGGGAUUACUGCCACGAACAGUGAUGGUUAUGCCUAAAUCUGUCUCUUUCUCACGCACACACACACACACACACACACACACACACACUUGACUUUCCCUCCUCCUUCCUCUGCUUAGUGUCUUAUAGAAGUUAUAAAAGUUAUACACUUAUAAACUUUUGAAGUUUAGAGACUUUUUAACGGUUAGAAACUUUUAAUGAGUUUAAACACCAAAAAGCAGACAAGGCCAGAGGACUUCACAUCUGGUCUUUGCUGUGUGUGUGUGUGUGUGUGUGUGUAUGUGUGUGCGUGGCCCCUAUUGUCAAAGUUAUGCUGUGUGUGUGUGUGUGUGUGUGUGUGUGUGUGUGUGUGUGUGUGUGUGUGUGUGUGUGUGUGUGUGUGUGUGUGUGUGUGUGUGUGUGUGUGUGUGUGUGUGUGUGUGUGUGUGUGAAUGUGUCUGGGUGCAGGCAUGUGUGAAAGGGUUGUGUGUCCGUAUGUCUGUUAUCACACUACAACACACAGCCAAACUGUGUGUGUAUGUUGAUAAGUUUUGAUGUUGCACGUUUUUGUGCGUGGUGCUAUCAGACCUGAUAAAUCGCUGUAGCUGUGACAUUUCCUGUUUGCUGUCCAUGCUUAGGCUAGCGUCGCUGCAGUUAGCAAAGUCCUGGCUAGUGCCACUACAGUUAGCAAUAUCUUUACAAGUGUCGCUACAGUUAGUGAUGUUUAAGCUAGUUUUGCUACAGUUAGUGAUAUUUUGGCUAGUGUCGCUACAUUUAGCGAUGUUUUGGCUUACGUUGCUACAGUUAGCGAUAUUUUGGUUAGUGUCACUACAGUAAGCGAUGUUUUGGCCAGUGUUGCUACAAAUAGUGAUGUUUUGGCUAGUGUCACUAUAGUUAACAAUAAUUUGGCCACUUCAGAUGAUGUUGCCUCAGAGUGUCGACUAGCAUUGUCCUACCUAGCUUUCCACUGGCUAGCAUUUCCUCCGCUAGCACUGUGUGAGCUAGAGUUGCUUUGGCUAAGGGAGAGAUGCACUUUAUCUGAAGAUCUGCAGUAAGCCCCCCCCCCCCUCCCCCCCUCCCCCAGAGACAUGAGCUCUGGAUUUAUUUAAGAAACUCCAUUGUGCUUCACCCUGCUAGCGCACUGGGGUGCUAUCUCGGCUUGUACAUGCUAACUUGCUAACAUGCUCAUGGUUAAUUUAUUUUAUGCUCGGCUCAGCUACGGCUAAUAUGGCAAUGCGCUUCUCAAAGGGUGCCUGACAAGUUGCCCGAAACAGAGUGGAGAAUGCAGUAUCCAGGGCUAUAAUGAGAGAGAGAGACAGAGAGGCAGAGAGAGAGAGAGAGAGAGAACAUAAAGAAAGGGAUGACUGAGAGGGUGUGUGUGGUAGCUGAGUGUUAGACAGAGAAAGAGAGAGAGAGAGAAAGAAUGGGUUUGUGGUCUGUAAAGACAGCAGUAAUUGGGAUUGUCUAGGCCUUGUGCAUGUGUGUGUGUGUGUGUGUGUGUGUGUGUGUGUGUGUGUGUGUGUGUGUGUGUGUGUGUCUGUCUGUGUGUGGGAUUGUCUACAGUCGCCAUCUCAGUGGCUCUUGCAAGAGACCUGGAAAACAUAUCUUAAACACAUUCAUUACAGCUGUGUGUGUGUGUGUGUGUGUGUGUGUGCAUGUGUGUGUGUGUGUGUGUGUGUGUGUGUGUGUGUGUGUGUGUGUGUGUGUGUGUGUGUGUGUGUGUGUGAAAAUGUCU